UGCAACAGUAGUGGUCUGCCCCCCUGCGGUAACCUUUAACCGCCGCCCAUCCCAGCUGUUUCGUCAGUUGUUGAUACACGCCAACGUCUCCGCGUUUCGUUAUUUUUUUUACCCGGCCAAAUCGGGAGCAUGUCGCCGCUGUGUUGCGUACAGGACCUCGGCAAGUAGCAGAACAUCGUCCGGAGAGGGUUGGAGGCCGAGGAAACAUGUCGUGGAGUGUGAGACUUGCGGUGGUUUUGGCGGCGUGUUUCUGGACGAGGUUUGAUGUGUUGCAGUGUCAGUCCAUAGACACCUGUGUCUCUCACAACUGUACUAACGGUGCCACAUGUGUCAGCAACAACUCCACCUCGAACUACACGUGCUUAUGUCCUGAAGGCUAUACAGGAGACUUCUGCGAGACCACAGACUAUUGUGGCAGCAGACCAUGUUAUAACAACGGCAGCUGUGUGAACCAGCCGGGUGGUUACAGCUGCAGCUGUCCCUCUGGCUACCUGGGGCAGAACUGUGAGGCAGCUGUCAGCCGCUGUGCUACGGACAGCCCCUGUCAGAAUGGAGCUGUGUGUCAAGAUUCGGCACAAGGUGGCUACCAGUGCUUCUGCAAGCAGGGCUACUCAGGAGAAAACUGUUCGCGAGAGGUUGAUGAGUGUAUCCUACGGAAUCCCUGUGGCGACAAUGAAACCUGCCACGAUCUUGUCAACGAUUAUGUCUGUCAGUGUCCAAUAGGUACCAAUGACACCAGCAGCUGUGAAACCGACCCUUGCACCUGGAACAGGUGUGAGAAUGGUGCCACCUGCGCCGGUGCAGGUGAGAACUACACAUGUGCGUGUGCGGAGGGGUUCCAGGGAGCCCUCUGUGAGGUGAACAUUGAUGACUGCACCAACACCAGCUGUCAGCAGUAUGAAGUCUGCACUGAUCUGGUAGCAAAUUACAGCUGCUCCUGUCCUCCUGGUAAGACUGGUGCUCAGUGUGAGGUUGACCUGGAUUCCUGCUGGAACGACCCAUGUAUGAACGGGGGUGUCUGCUCGCCUGUUGCCUCAGCACAGUAUGGGACAAAUUACACAUGCAACUGUACAGCAGGAUUCAUAGGUGCAAACUGUGAAGGUGACAUUAAAGAGUGCCUGUCCUCCCCUUGCCAGAAUAAUGGGACGUGCCAGGAGGUCACAGGGCAGGCGGGCUUCACCUGUCAGUGCCCUGCUGGUUACCAUGGCAACCUCUGUGAGACCCCGCCCAGUGCAGUAAACUGCAGUGUUCUGGACCCAUGUGAAAACAAUGGGACAUGUGUGGACACAGCACAAGGUACCAACUGCACCUGUACUUCAGGGUGGGAGGGGGGCACUUGUCAGAUUGAUGUAGACGAGUGUACAUCCUCACCCUGUCUACACAACGGCCACUGUGAAAACCUUCCCAGGACAUACCGUUGCUUGUGUCCCCUAGAGUGGACUGGCCAGAACUGCCAAGAAGACGUCCUGGAGUGUGCCUCGAGCCCCUGCCAGAAUAAUGGAACGUGCCAUGAAGGGGUAGGGACGACGUACAACUGCAGCUGUGGGGAAGGGUUUUCAGGACAAAACUGUGAAGUGGUCGGUAACGCUACUGCAGAGUGUAGCUCCUCUCCAUGUUUGAACAAUGGUACGUGUGUGGAAAACGGAGCAGAUAUGUACACAUGUAACUGUACAGACGGAUUCUCAGGGCAAAACUGUGGGAUCCCACUGAAUGUGUCUGGUGUUUGCACACCAAAUCCUUGUAUGAACAAUGGUACAUGUCUGAAAAACGGUACUGAAAUGUACACAUGUGAGUGUACAGAAGGGUUCUCAGGGCAAAACUGUGAGAGUCCUCAGAAUGUGUCUACAGUGUGCACACCAAAUCCUUGUAUGAACAAUGGUACAUGUCUUGAAAAUGGUACUGAAACGUACAUAUGUGACUGUGCUGAAGGGUUCAUGGGACAAAACUGUGAGAGUCUGCAGAAUGUCUCUACAGUGUGCACACCAAAUCCUUGUAUGAACAAUGGUACAUGUCUGGAAAAUGGUACUGAAAUGUACACAUGUAACUGUACAGAAGGGUUCUCAGGGCAAAACUGUGAGACUCCUCAGAAUGUGUCUAUGGUGUGUGCAUCAAGUCCAUGUGAGAACAAUGGCACCUGUAUGGAGAAUGGCACCUCCACGUACAUCUGUAACUGUACUGAAGGGUAUGAAGGAACAAACUGUGAGUUGGUGAAUGAGUGCCUGUUGUACCAACCCUGCCAAAAUGAGGGAACGUGUGAAGAUCAAGCGAAUGGAUACAACUGUACCUGCACUGCCGGUUUCCAAGGUGUGAAUUGUGAAACACCUGUUGCCACCUGCAAUGCCAGUCUGUGUCAAAACAACGGCACCUGCAACGGAUCAGCUACAAACUUCACCUGCAUCUGUCCAGAGGGUUUCUCGGGUACAUACUGCUCAGAGAAAGUUCAAUUCUGCGCUAGCCAGCCGUGCAGGAACAACGCCACUUGUAACGAAUCUGAUGCCGGUUUUACUUGUGCUUGCCCUGAAGGGUAUACAGGGUUGCAGUGUGAGGACAUUAUAGACAUGUGUGAUACGAACCCAUGUGAAAACAACACAAGCAUUAACUGUACAAGUAUCUUCCCAGCUGACUAUACCUGUACAUGUAUCCCGGGUUAUACGGGCAAAAAUUGCAGUGAGGAGAUCGAUGAGUGUGACAGUCAACCAUGUAUGAAUAACGCGACAUGCCAGGACAUGGUCGGUGGUUACACGUGCGACUGCCCUGAAGGUUACAAUGGCACAAACUGUGGAGAAGUCCUGAGUAUGUGUGGGCUAGACCCAUGUAAUGAGAACACAACUCUCAACUGCACUGAUAUCUCCCCAGGAGAUUACAACUGCUCUUGUCUGCCUGGCUAUACCGGUAAAAACUGUACUAUCAAUAUCGAUGACUGUAACAGUCAGUCUUGCCAGAAUGGAGGAACCUGUAUAGAUGGUGUGGACUCCUUCUCUUGCCAGUGUGCGGAUGGUUACCUAGGGGAUACAUGUGAGAUAGCGGAUCUGUGCUUCACACAGCCGUGUCAGAGUGGUGGAAACUGUACGCUAAGUCAGGACUAUCAAAACUACACCUGCUCUUGUACUGAACAGUACUUUGGAACAAACUGUAGCCUGUACAACUCCUGCCACAACGUGACGUGCCAGAAUAAUGCAACCUGUAACAUUACCGGUACAGGGUUUUCGUGUGAUUGUUUGCCCGGUUAUGUGGGAGAGUUGUGUGCUGUGUAUGACUACUGCUUGGCGCAGCCCUGCGUACAUGGAACGUGUCAACUCCUACCGAACAGUUACACCUGCAGCUGUGAUCCAGGCUACGAGGGGACAAACUGUGAAGACGACAUCGAUGAUUGUGCAUCCAACCCUUGCGAAAAUGGAGCAACCUGCGUUGAGAGUGGUAGCGACCCAAGCGGGCUCUUCUACCUUGGGUACAACUGCACCUGUGCGCCCGGCUUUGUCGGCAGCAACUGUGAAAACGAAACUGAUGAGUGUAGUAGCAAUCCUUGCAUCAAUGGUGGUAGCUGUAAUGAUCUCGUUAACGGUUACAACUGUAGCUGCUUGCCAGGUUUUGAAGGCAAUACCUGUGAAUUGGACAGAAGAGGGUGUGAUUCUGGUCCGUGCUUCAAUGGCGCCACUUGUGAAGAAGCACUCGGUACAUACAACUGUCUCUGUCCUUUCGGUUUUAAUGGGACUUUGUGUGAAAACAACAUCGACGACUGCAGGCCCAACCCUUGCCUGAAUGGGGGCGUCUGUACAGACCUAGUUAAUGACUUCAACUGCACGUGUCCUGAAGGGUUCAGCGGACGGGGUUGUCAGGACACCAUCAACUCCUGCUCGCAGUCUCCCUGCCAAAAUGGAGGAACGUGCCACUACAUGGGAGCAUGUAUGUGUGAGGAUCCCAACUACCAGCCGCCAGAAGUGAUCGCCUGUGGAGAGCACAACGAAACAUGCCAAAGAAUAGCGUGCGAAAACGAGCCACUGAAUACCUGUGAAGUAAGAACUACCUCGUACGAGUGUCAGUGUGCGUCGGGCUAUGAAGGUAGUGACUGUGAGGUAGAGACAGAUGAAUGUAGUUCCAAUCCUUGCCAAAACAACGGCACGUGUUCAGACUUGUUAGAUGCCUUCUCCUGUAACUGUAACAGAACAGGGUACACUGGAGAGAUGUGUACUGUGGAUGUGGAUGAGUGUGCAGUUGCAGGAACGUGUGAAAACGGAGCCACCUGCUCCAACUUUGCAGGUGGUUUCAGCUGCCAGUGCCCUGUAGGAUAUGAAGGUAGCACAUGUGCAGAUCUAGAAGAGAGCCCAGGUCCAGCUGCCAAUGCCACCAACCCCUUUGUUUAUAUAGGGAUUCCCAUCAUCCUGGUUCUGGUGAUUGUUGUUGCUGCGACCAUCUACGGGUGCCGGUACGCCCGUAAGGUCCGCCGCAUGAAGGGGAAGUACAACCCUGCCGCGGCGGAGAUGGAGGUAGGGACACCUCUGGAGAUGCUGGACCAGGACACAGAGGAGAGACUUAUAUAGUUACACAGGAGGAGAGACUUGUACACAACCUGCCGUACGUUUUUUUGGAGGCCACGUUUUUCUGAAAAUGUACAGGGCUGUACAGGGCAUGUGCGUCCCCCGUACUGGCUGUUUCUGCAUGGACGUAAAUGCUACGGCGUGUCUGCGUGCUCCCAAAUCUGUUGGAUUCCGUACGGAGGCGGAACUCAACACUUACGGAUCCCAAAAUUUGCCAACGAUUUUUCAAGAAGACAGCACACAACACUGCGGGUGCACAAUUGUGACCCUUGCUUUUUACUCCUGUCAAAGACUGUUCUAAUGUCAGGUGAAGGGUUAUAGGGGUAGGUAGAUAAAGGUGUAUAGGGAUGGGAAGUGUAUUGAAUUGACAACUUCUGUUGUCUGUGUGCAGCUUCAGCUCUGUUUUAAGUUAUAGAAAGUCAUUAGGUAUACAGGGACAUUGCUGUAAAGCAAGAUGCUUCAGAAGUAGUAUUUUAUUUUACUCACUUUAUGUUCUCAAACAUAUAACGGUCAAGCUAUUUAAAAGUAGGAGGAACAGAUGUGAUGACAGAACAUCUCGGUAAAGACUCCAAAGUGCAAUUUAUACAUAUUUUUGAAGAAGCUGUUAUUUAUUCAAGGGAAAGGCUGUUGCUCAUCUUAUGUAGAGGUGGUUUAGGGAAUUCUUUUUCAAAGAAUCACUCAGAAAGAUGCUAUUUUUGUACAUAUCCAAAAUGCCUGAGUGGUGAGAGUUAGGGAAUGCUAGCUAUUUUAUUUGACUUUGACAGCUGGAGCAUCUGGUAUGGCCAUGGAGACCCCCACUGUUAAGCGGGUGUACCACAUGGGGAAACCACAUUUCAGAGUCAUGUAGGGGUCAUGACCCUGGGGCACAGUGGCCAACUGACUUGUCAGUCUUCAAGUCUUGGUUCCUUAAACAAGCUGCGGUCACACUGUCAAUGACCUUCAGACAAAUUUCUUGAUUGCCAGAAGGUCACUGAAAUUCAAAGUCAUCAGAAUCAAGCAUAUUUUUACCUGAAAAUGUACCCUAUCACAUUGGAUGGAGCUUCCUAUGGACAUUAGGUGGUCCCUAAGAGUGGUUCAGUGAUUAUUUGGGUAAAAAAUGCCCUUUUGAGCACAAGUUUAUCAGGCAAAUGAUUUUCCUGCUGUGUGAUGCAAGCUUUGUGAUCAAAAGAUCUCACCAGAAUGAGUCAUAAUCAUUUGUAAGGCACAAUAAGGAGCGUAUAUUGCA